AUGGAAAGAAACGCGUCCGCAGGCCUGCUAGUGGAGAGUUCGUCUGUAAUCACAAGAAACAAGAGUAGCAGCCUUAAUUAUUGGUAAUGAUUUGAUAGGGGGAAACCACCAUCCUGUGCAGAACUCUUCGGCACCCACCCGAAGCUUCGAUGCACUUCGUCGGCAUCCUGGCGGUCGCCCAGGGAAAGUGCGCGGAAGGCACCCAUCCUAUAGCGUGUCCACCGCAAUUGAUUUCCAGGACGUUGAGGUUACACAGGGCAACGCAAUUCGUAAUGGAAACUCGUUUGACUAUGUGGAUGCUGAUUGUGAUUUCAUCACAUCCAAGUUAGUUUCUAUACUUUCCUUACUUUUUAGGUGCCAGGUUCUAGUCUACCCAGGAACAGAUGUGAGCAGGCACUUCCAAUCUUCGGACGAAGUAAUACCGUGGAGGGACGUAGCAGAAGUCCGGUACUUUCAUACUGAACCCACCAACUGUCCGAUUUGUUUGUACCCCCCAGUUGCUCCCCGAAUGGGUCCGUGCGGCCACAUUUACUGUUGGCCCUGUAUUUAUCGGUUCAUUACAUAUGAGAACGACCUUUUAUCACGAAAAUGUGCCGUUUGUACCAUUUUCCUACGGUGUAGCGAGUUAAAAAGGUGCGGCGCCCUUUCCUCAGUAAUCGAGUAUUUAGGGUGCUUAUGUGCCCUGUAACGCUGCCUCAGGUUGGCCAGACAUGCGAGUUGGUACUCAUGAAACGCCAUAGGAACAUCAUGUUACCCCUACGCUUUUCGGAAAAUUUGGCACAUAUCCCGGUACCGAAUUCCGAGGCAGCUUCCUCGUUGUUUACGCGCGUGGCCGUGGCCACAUCAGUCGACAUCAAAAAUCUCGUCAAAAGGGACCAAUGUUGCUUGGAAACUUACCUAGCAGAGUGCACUUCAGAUGAUGACCUCAUUUGCAUGAUUCCUUACGUCGAGGCUCUUCUCCGCGAACUUCGUGAAGAGCUGGAUUGUGUAGGCUUGAUCAACCGAAAUGCCCACACGCCUAAAACUUUUCCCCUUGAUGUGUCCGAGUCGGAGCAUGUGUACACCUACUACGAAGGUAUUUUCUCGUUUCUUGUCAUCCAUUCGGUCUAGACAUACAUGGACUGAACAUAUACCUCCACAGUGUGAAUUGGCGUUGUCUGAUGACCGAAUACAAGGACCGUGAGCUGCCGCGGCGAAUUUCGGGUACCGUUGUGCAAAUUGAUCGCUACUCCAUGAAUCAUGUAAGCCCUUGCUUCGCCAUUAUUUUUUGUUUGCCUUCCCUUGCGCUUUCUGCCUAUGCCCUCCAUACUCUCUUUAUUGCGUUUCGUGGAGGCCCCGCUUCACGCUUUCCCAUAUAACUGUUGAAUAAGAUUCCUUUUUUGGAAUUUGAUACUUAGUAGGUACUUUUUCCGCGUAUCGUUGAGCGAGAUCCAUGACAUCUUCAAUGGGGCAUUUUCCCCCCACCCACCGACCCGAACUCUUAGAAUACGGUGUUGAUUACGAAUUUUCUUGUACCUUAACUGCAAAGCCUGUUAUUUUGUCUGAAAGACUGGAGGAAAGUCCUACUUCCAUUCGAGGAGGGUGGAAGAGGUCGCUACAUCAGUCGGUUUAUCCACAAACGCUGGGAAGACAACAGUGUUUUCAAGCUGCAUCCCUGGUUAAGAGAAGGCAUCUUUCGGUAUUGCUGGCUGUCAACUUGAAAAAGUAGACAGUCUUAAAUACCUCGGGGCAAGACUGCUGCCGAAUGGGCAGACUAAGGAUGACAUUGUCUCAUGAGUUGAUGCUGCCCGACAGGUUUCCCCAAGCCUUAAAAAUGCCUAUGGAUCCGACGCGACCUCCAUCGCCACCAAGAGUCGCGUGUACCGUGCAUCUGUCCGGUCUGUCCUCUAUGUUGUGAAUACUGGGCUGUGCUCGUGGAGGACGAAAACUGGAGGCAUUUGACUACCACUGCUUGAGGACCAUCCUCUGAGUGAAGUAUACCGACUUCGUCUCAAAUGAGACGGUCCGCGCUCACUGCGGCAUCGCAAGGAUAACCCAGGCCAUUCAAGAAAGGCGGCUUAGGUAACUUGGACAUGUUCUUCGUCGUCCAUCUCGGGAGCUCAGUGUUACUGCCCUCGAUCCGGCACCGUUACCCCAUUGGAGGCGUUGAAGAAGGGAUCAACUCAAAACCGGGCUCGACACAGUUCGUCAAGACAUGGAGGUGGUUCUUGGACCUUCGGUAUUCGUCGUUGGUGAAGAGAAUGAGUUGAACUGUCCAGAUCUGCCGUCGCGAAUUGUGACGCGUGGAGAGGUAGACUUCGGGACAUCAUGGAGGCCAGCUAGAUCAGGCAUUAUUGCAGCCAUACCAAGUACAAGUAAGUACGAGUACUAGAUGGUGAAAACACAGAAUGCCUUUAUUAUGGAAGAGUCAACCUAUACGAUGUCACUACUACUACCGAGGCAAAAGGCAAGGAAACACCAAGACAGAUUUCUCCAUGUUGGCUGUCAGCCAGAUACUCCUAGCAGAUGUCGACUGUCUUUGCUCCCAAUGUAGCUUUCGUAAAACAGCCGUUUCCGUGGAAGGCGUAUAAGACUGAUAGAAUUCCCCCGAAAGUCAACUUCAUUGACGCACAUUAUGAACUCACGCGAACUUAGUUUCAAACCGCAUUGUGGAUGGUUCGCACAUUGUCGUCAGCGUUGGUGUCUUACCAGGCCUUACCCUUUAACUAGUCCUUUUCAACAAUGCGGUCUAGUAACUCAAUACACGAAACUGCAAGUGCGUCCAAGCUGGGCGAGAUCUUCCCGUCUCCAACCUAGGCCAUGGUAAUAUUUUUUUUUACCUGGGAAUUCAGGAAAUGAGGUCCGCCGUGACGGCGUAGUCGUCGCCUCCUUCCGAUUCGGUCUUUAUUUGAACGCUUUGAGCGCUGCUCAACGAUUCCACACCCCUUGAUAAACGGCUCUGAAUAGCCACCUCUUUGCUCCCUUUGUAUUACUGAAAGACCCUUGUCAGAAGGAGAUCAACCUCCACAACAUGUGGUAGCUCAAUAAAUGUUUGUAGUCCCGCCGCGAGAUCCGUCAGAAAGCACUUUAGCAUAGGAGGUCACGACCAAAGCCAUUUUCUACAUCUGUGAACCUUGACACCUAUGUCCUGGUUUGAAGAAGGUUUACGCAUUCUACCAUUGGCCUUCGGCGAAUACUGCGACUUAUGCAUUACAUCUCGCUGAAUCUCCAUGGCCGAACUGCUAUUGGCGUAAAGAGCCACAAUCCUAGAUGGUUCGGUAACGCGCCUCGCCGAUUUUAACGGGUUCUUGAUAUAACUCCACCAAUUUCUGUUCAAAUUGAUACCAUCGGGGUGAUCAACGAGCAAAUUGGUCCGAUUUGGUGUGAUCAUUUCCUUGGUAGUCCUCCAUCUGGUUCAGGAAGCUUCUCCUUCAGGUUUGUCGACGCCGAAUUUUAUGACUUAUGCCUUUCAAUUCUGCGGCACUGGCGUGAAUGCAUAGAAUAAUUACCAACCAUGCAUGUUUGGCAGCGUCUUACGGAAAGUCUCUUUACUCCCAACAGCUUUGUGUCGGCAGCGAAAGAGGCAGCAGGUUUGAUAGUGCUGGGGUUGGAUCACGUAAACCUUACACUGCGGCAGCUAUGGCCCUCCAGCGGGUAACUUCUAUAAUAUCAAAUCAAUCUCGGUUCGCCCUUUGCUGUCCGGCGUUUGCUUCAGCCCAGAUAACUGCGAAAAAAAGUUUCUCUGGCCAAAUAUAAAACCUUGUCUAGACAUUAUCGACCCUACUUUCAUGUUAUACAAAUUAAAAGAAACUGACAUCUGGGAUUCUAUAGAAUGGAGCUAUACCGUUGAGUCAUUUUUCUCAUACCGAGCAGUAGGGUCACUGUCCAAUAAGUACUACGAAUCGGUAUAUUCCCUAAGGUAUUUUUUUUUCAGGAUCUUCGAAGAAGGUAUCGGUACCUGAGUCACUUGCCCAUUGGCCGACCCUUCUAUUUUGUGGAGUUGGAUUUGCAACCACCAACUGUCAGUCAGAAGACGUUAGAUGAGAUGUCUGACUUGCUUCUGGCUCGUUCUCACAAACGCGAGCAGCAGCUGCAAAAGGAACUGCUUCUGACGCUCGCUAAGGAAGAGGCAGAAAACAGAAUUCCCACACUCCGUAAGUCCCUCCACGUCGUCUUCUUGCUACUCUCGCCUCCCGUUAGAUCGGCGAACACCCCUCGUACCUACUUUUGAAUGUUUCCGGUUGUAGCCGACAGAGCGUCAAUUUGUGUCUUAGUAUGUAGUCUCUGCCUUAUUGAGUAACCGGACCACUGUUUCGAACCUCAGGUCCUCAGGCGGGGUCCUCAGUUGAGACUGACUGACGGCGGCAAAUAACUCGGAAACGACCAUUCGGUUCUCCCCUGUUUUCACCUGUAACAAUAAUCAAGCUUAUGAUCGGUCUCUACCUUCCAUCUAGCUGUAGGUUGGAUUAUCGUGUCCGCGGCAAAGACAGAUCGUUCAGCACAGUUAGUGUGCAGAGUUUUGUGAUAUGUCCUCGGCACUCAUCUUGAAACUCCAUAGGCAAGUUCCCCCGUCUUAAAACAUCAGUCCUCCAGUCUUUCCCUGUCGUUUCUGAAAUCCCGACCCGAGUGGGUACUAUAAUUGUCCCGUUACACAGAGUAGCGGGUGGUGCAUAUUGGGUCCAGUCUAACUGCAGGCCCUCUUUCAUAACUGCACACGGCGCCGAUCUUACGACAAGUGACAUCGACGAAUCUAAACAAGAUAGUGUGGUCAGCGUCCUUCGUCCACUUCACUGGUCCCAUUGACCAAAUGUGUAGUUGACUGACCAUCAGAUGUUGAGAACCCUCGCAAUGCGAUCAUUUGUUUGCUUCAUUGCUUUUUUACAGCUCUUGGUUGCAGACUGGUGGCCCAUGCCAAUUUAGCCGAAGUGCCAACAGACGAAGACUUUGUCCCACUCUGUCAAACUUCCGAUGUUCAGCCGACCAAAUCUUGUUUCCGUCGUUCAUUUGCCUCGGUGAGCUGAAAUUCCGGUGCCUGUUUAUCUAACUUGUCCGUGUUAAAAAUUGUCAUUUUUGAAAUAUAUAGCAUCAACCACUUGCCAAAAAAGCUGUUCAGCACUGUCUGCAGCUGUAUUGUCUGACUCCAUCAGAGAGAAGGUAUCUUAUGCCCAUAGCACUCAGUGUGUUGUUAAAACCUCGGCAUUUAUAUUUUAAAAAAUGCCUGUAUAUUUCGUUUCAGUUCAGUGAGCUGGUCCACGACUGGAAGUAGUAGCAUUUCGUGACUGGAAGUUUGAAUACUCGAAUUUUUCAACUAGAUAUAUUAUCUGUUGUGACUAGGAUCAUGCUUUAAUCUAACCGACCUCGGUUAUAUUAAGGCCAUAAUUCUUCAUGCAUAGUUGUUAGUGACAGCGUAUUUCGAAUGUUCGAUCAACUCCAGAUACGAAAAUCAAACGCCCAGGAGCCACCUCUAUUUCUUGAAGGACAAUUUCAAGCCAGUUCUUGAGUCUUUCCGAUUAAGCAGCAACAUCACAGGAACGGUAUCAGCAGUGGACUCGUGGUUUAGAUGACAAAUAAUGUGCGCAGCUCACUUCGGUCAUAGGACACAUCUCGAUAUUUCACCGUCCAGGAAGGAAGGGCUGAGUACCACGAUGUGUCUUAUUCCUGCUGAUGCUGUUUUUCAUCUCCUAAACUAAUUCCUUUUGGAGUAAACAGUGUUUAUCCUAGCAAACCUGUCCACUUUUGCAGUCGCCUUUAAUUUCGCAUAUGUAAAGCUGGAACCCGGUAUGGACCUUUGGUUUUUUUACGGUCUUUUGCUGUGCUGGACGGGAGACGAAAUAUACGAAUACUCGAGAUUGUCAGUCUAAACGAAUUCGAUCUGAUAAAAUCGUCGGAAUUGGAACAAGUCAUUAAUAGAAUAACAUAUGUGCUCUAUGAAAGUCAGUGUUAUGACCGAAUUAGUCCCCUGAGGUCGUCUUGUUUCACUGACGAUCGGCCACGCUGUCCAGCAUAGUUUUCUCUGCAUAAUGUCCCAUAUCAUAUUUCGUAGAGAAUUCGCACUCUUUUCCCGUCAUAGGUAUCCAAAGUCGGCGCGUCUGCCGUCGUAGACAGUCACCGUAUUGCCAGUUUCCCUGAACGCGCAUGCAAUGGAACAAACAGACAAGUUGGUUACAUUUGUGCGGCCGAGUUUUGGCCAUCCCUCACCGAGGCGCCGCCCACCCCAAUGACGACUUCCGGUGCCUGGGGCCUGGGUGCUUCUGUUCAUGCACCUCAUUCUCAUCCAGUUGAACAGGAUCCGUCUAAUACUGAUGAAUUGCCAGCGCCUGCUCCUCCUCUAACCCUAGACAAAGGAGACCACGAUCGCAGAUCCCGUAGGAAAAAACAGCGCAAACCGGAUCUCGUCGAUUUGGACAGUCUUGCCAAAUCUCUUUCUCUUCUACCUGUCAACAAGGGGCUUUCCUAA